AUGUGCCUCUCACACACUCUUCGUGGCAUCCAAGCCCCCAUCCUCCCGCUUCUGCCGGAACACCCAGUUCCUUCACAGCCUUCCGCUAUGCCUAACGGCAUCAUUAUGUUGGGACCUAAGGUCCCUGGCACAAGAUGCCCAACCUGUGCCCUAGAUGGCAAGGAGGUCUGGGUUAUCCCGGGCCGAUGCUGCGGCUAUUGCGGUACCCCAUGUGACUGA